AAACGAGCCCGACCGGCAGCGCAAGACGCCAAGACGAUGCCUCGCCGGUACGAAACUGCGUCCAUGCAAGACCUGGGGAAGCUCGUGGCGGAGAUGUUGAUGGAACUGGUCAGACUGAAUGACUCCAUCCCCUUGAAGGAUGGCAUGUUGACAAGGUUUCAUUCACGAGCACCUCCUGGCAUAUCCGUCUCCGACUACCUGUUUCGCCUAAUCAUCCACGCCACCCUUUCGCCUCCUCUGGUUCUCGCCAUGGUCUACUACAUCGACCGCCUUUGCUCCCUCUUUCCCGGCUUCACCAUCUCCUCACUCACGGUCCACCGAUUUCUCAUCACUGCGGCCACCGUUGCAUCCAAAGGUCUGUCCGACACGUUCUGGACCAACAGCACGUACGCCCGGGUGGGAGGCGUGAGCAUUAAGGAGCUUGCUUUGCUUGAGCUGGACCUCUUGGAGCGGUUGGACUGGAAGAUCGUACCCAAACCCGAAGUCCUCGUGGAUUAUUACCGCAGCUUGGUGGAUCGGGCGGACGGCUACGUCCUGGAAGGGUUGAGUGCUUCGAGCGAAACGGGAUCAUCCAUUUCAGUCGGCCAGCAGCAACCUCAUGAUUCGGGCCGAGAAAGAUCAAGUAAAUGA